GACACGGCAAGAUAUGUGAGUAUAUAUACAUAAGCAUGUGUUAGGUAUAUAAAUCACUUUUUGCCCACCUCAACGGGUGUGUUAGUCUGCGAAAGGCUUUAGAGAAGUCAAAAUAUCAUGAAAUCGGACAUCACUCCACCAAUACUCACCGAAGAUGGCGACUGCAGCGAGAAUAAGAGAGUAAGAGUUGCUGAUCCGGGAUGUACCGUUGGCGGCGAGGACAGGACAAAUAAAUUAUCUUCGAUAUAUUUAGGGGAUGUUGGGACAUCAGGAGGAGGAACACAAGUUCUAGUCGAUGCACUUAUGGCUGACGUGGCAAUCAACGAUAAAGACGGCAGAACAAACGCCGUCCACGGAGUAGUCUCAGUCAUGGGACGGCAGAGAGCUAUGACAACCGCCGUUUCCACCGUCGUCGACGAGAUUCCCUCUUAUGACAUUUUCGGAAUCUUUGACGGUCUUAGGCUCGCUAAAUUUUUCGAGGACAGGCUGCGUCGCCUCGUGAAAGAGGAAGUAAAAGCAUGCCAUGGUCGUGGGGCUGCCGCGGACUGGAAUAAAGUUAUGAGAUCGUGUUUUUCGGAGGCGGUGGGGACUGUGGGGACAACCGCGGCAGAAGCGGUGGUUAUGAUUGUAGGAAAAGAGGAGGUGAUUGUGCUGUGUCGUGGCGGUGCGAGGGUGGUUCUUUAUUCUCAUGGCGGAGUAGCUUUGCCUCUAUGCCAUAUCCACCAUCACAAGAAUGGUGAGGAGCAAAUCCUGAAGAUCCAUAAACGAAAGAAGAUAGACGAUUUCAUAGUACUUGCAUGUGAAGGCCUAUGGGACGUUGUCUCCGACAGUGACACAUAUCAGCUUGUCAAACGUUGUCUUUACGGCAAAUUACCAGACGGAUGUACAAGUGAAUCAAGCACGACAAAGGCUGCAGUGAUACUGGCAGAGCUUGCAAUUGCUAGAGGAAGCAAAGAAAAUAUAAAUGUCAUCGUUAUUGAUCUCAAAAGCUCCUCAGUUUCUUAGUUUUUCUUUCUUAAUUUUGGUUUUUUUUUUUUUUCUUAUU